GGGACAUAUGUUAAAGUGAGACAGUGGCAGAUCACUGUGGACCGAGGGGGAUGGUGAAGACGUCAGUGUGAGAGGACUGAGAAACAUUAAGCACGUCUUAACUUCACCAAAGUCAGUUGGCAUUCUGCCGCCUGGCGCACGCGUCCGGGAUAAAAUAAUCUCCGUGAUUAAUUUUACGUAUUCAUCUCCAUUUAAUUUUCUACCCCCCCACAGCCCCCUCUCAUCCCACCUCCACCGGACCCAACCGCCCCCCGCGCUGGGGACCAUGGGGGGGAGAAAUGCCACGAGACACGAAAAAGCAUUGACGACAGUCAUUUGGCUGAAUGCAUUAGCAAGUCCGUGGUAAAUUGGACCUGUAAUUUGAAUAAUUCGAUUAGUCUGUGAAACACGUGAUACGUAUAAAUAACAAAAAGAGACAGAGAGAGAACGAGGAAUUUUGAUGGAAUCGUUUAAUCUGGGUCUCUGGGGCAUCAUGUGGGUCGAGUGAGAGAAUUUAAUGUUGGUUAUUAUCAUAAUUUGAUGGAUGAGUCGAAUAAUUUUUAUUGGAUUUAUGUGCAUUCUUUUUCAUUCUAUUUGAUAUGGAAUUAAGUGGGGUAGAAUCGUUUGCCUGGUGAGAGUCGUAUUGGUGAAUAUUUUUUUGGAAGUUUUUUUUAAUAAAAAAAUGUUGGACAAUGAGAACAGUGGAGUGCCUACACAAGUGCCGAAUCCCCACGUGCCGCAGGAUUUCACGGUGUCGAGGCUGUUAUCGACACCCACCCACAAUCUUGACUGCAGUGACGCGAACGGAGGGGGUAGACGACCCAGACGGAGUAGAACAACAUUCUCUGCCCAGCAAUUGGCUGCUCUCGAGAGAGUUUUCGAGAGGACACAUUAUCCUGACGCUUUUGUUAGGGAGGAAUUGGCGACUAGAGUGGCGCUAUCCGAAGCAAGGGUGCAGGUUUGGUUUCAAAAUCGUCGCGCUAAAUUCCGCCGAAAUGAGAGGAGCUCCGCCCUCAACAGAGGUGCCUCAUCGACACGUGAAAUUGAGACAACUUUGCCGUUAAGACCCAUUAGGAUUGCCCACACCCACGAGACCAACUCUGAAUCGCUGCAGUCUACCCAAGGGCCCCAGUAUCCCUACGGUGAUUACUGGCGAUCGUCUCAGGCUUAUGGAGCUGUUCAGACACCCGCGAGUUGUCACGGCUUUGUUAAUGGGAAUCUUGGUCCCACUGGAUUCAGUUCUUAUCACCAGGCUGACGUUCACAAUGGUAUCGAGGGCGGAAUGAAUGGGUUAAACGCACUGAGACUUAGGGGACAUCCCUACGGUGCUCCUUACUCCGCAAUGCAUGCCAGUAUGUGACAGAAUAUUUUCGGUAAAUGUCGAGUGCCUUCUCAAAACCAAAGAGAAUUUUUUAUUUAUGAAUAAGGAUUAGGAUUAGGUAUUUAAGUAUUGAGGAAGUCCUAAUGAUCGAAAAUCUAUUUCUUUUAGCGAUAACGAACUUCAUCUUAUCUCGGGAGGGUGUGGUUUGAGGAGAAAAUAUAUUUUUUUUUAAUUUGUAGGAAAUUCGAUUCUCAAAAAUAAAUCUCUUGUGGCUUUUUACUAUAGGACCUCUCCUUAUUAAGAUAAUGAUCAAUUAGGAAACAGUGGAUGAUUGCGGAUUCAUGGUUCUCAUGUUUGAGAAAUAUUUGAUUAUCUCGGUAGGGGGUGGAGACAGGAAAAAAUAUCGGAGUAUAUUUUUAUAGCUAAAGGAAUGCUCUACAAGAAAUGUUUUAUUGAAUUUCUCUCUCAAACUCGUCGCUAUUGAGAUAAUCUACGAUUUGAAAACACAAAAAAAUUGUUUGGGAAAUUUUUACGGGAUUUUUUCAGAACAUACAGGGUAAUUAAUUAAUUUAACAAAACAUUUAUAUCGAACAUUGAUUUUAUUAUCGUGGCCAGUGACCCACGUAAAAAUUAUGAACUUUGUAAUUCAAUAAAAAGGAGGAGUGAAUUAACUCGUGUAAACGACUUCGUAUUGAUAUACAUUAUGUAAGCUUUGGCGGAGGUUCACAUCGAGAUGUCAUUCAUUGAAACUGGGGUAAAUUCAUCGAUACAAGUUUAAUUAUGUGUUAAAAACGUCGACUCGAAUCACAUCCAGUGGGCUCUGAGUAUAUUUGGCACGUUAAUUUAAAAUAGUCAACAAUACUUGAGUCUUCUUUCAGAAAAAAUUGGAUCGAAAUUCUCGUUUAAAUAUCAGAAAAUAGUAGUUUAAUAAAAGUCAAUAUUAAUAAUUUCUGGGAAAAACAUGACUCUUAUUAAUCUUAGAAUAAUCAACAAUCUUGCAUAAAGAAAGUACAAAAUAGAAGAAAAAACAAAAACUAAUUCACUUUCGACUUAUUGUUACUAAUGAAGUGGUUGAACUCGUGAAAUUAAUUUCAUGUUUUAUGAACAAUAAUUUUAUGUUUGUCUAACUUAUCUUUUCAGAACUAUCGACUUUAAAGGAAAAUGUCGAAAAACAUUUUUUGUCUUAUGAAAUUUAUUGGGUUGCAAGUGCGGAAAGAGCCAUUUUUCGCACACAGGCAUAUCACAUUAUUUUCACACAUAUCGAAUUUCCUCUUGGAACUGGUAUUAGGAGUAAAGUGAUUGUUUUUCUGCACUAAACGUAAGACCUAACUUUAUGCAUUCAAAAUUCACUUUACCCACAAUCUCUGAAAAAUACGCACACAAAAACGCUUCGAAAAGUAAAUUUUUGUAGGGGAUAUAAUAAAAAAUGUUUUACGACAUUUUCUCAUGGAGUCAUUCCUUAUCGAAUUAUUAUUGUUUUUAAACCGAAGGCAAUUAGGAAAACUUUUUAAAGAACCAGACGGCAGAGGAAGUGUCCAACAGCGUUAAAUCUCUCAUUCCAUAAUGUAGAUUAAACGCGAGGCCAAGCCCCUUUUGUAAGGGUCAAAUGGGAGAGCACAAGUCCUCGGAGCACUCCUCAACUCAGCCCUUAGAUCUUGAUCAUUAAACGAAAGGGUUGACAUGAGAGAAAUGUUCUUAAGAAUAAGCUCCUCCAUUUAACCCUCAUGAUUGUUUAUUCUUUCCGAUCUAUUUGCUCACCUCUAAUUUAAUCCUCACCUCUGUUUGUCAAUUGAACCUCGAUGAGGUCCUCCUAAUGCCUCCACCCACCCCUCCCAUCUGCCCCUUAAUUCUACAAACAUUAUUUUCUCGAGGUAUUUUACAUUUGAAAAAAUGCAGAUCGUUCCACCCACAACAACUACCUACAUUGGCACAUGGAUAUAAACCUAGUACUUUAUUUCAAAAUUGGUUCAAUAAUUUAAAUAACCCCACCCUUUCAGACAGUCACAAGAACGUUCUGCACAGCAUUGCUCCACUCGACUUUAGAUGGUACCAGAUAGAAAGCCGGUGCGAUUUUUGUACUGCAGGGACACUGACACCCCGAUAUCCAGCUGAAGGAGCCCAGUUUAGCCUCGCACUUGGGACAGUUCAGUUUGCCCUCGACGUUGUGAAGGAUGUCCGGCAUCCAGGCAAUGGGCUCGAUGAAGUAAAUCUUGUCGCACAUCUCGUCCGGUUGGGAGGCCUUCACCGGGAGUACUUUACCCUUAUCACCUCUUCUGCUAAUGUAUCGCCAUACGUGCUUUUGACCUGGUGCGUGAGGGAGGAUGUUGCUGGCACUUGCAACUAUCCUCCGGCACUUUUUGCAACGGUACACCGUUGGCUCUGGACGGACAGUUUCUAGGGCUGGAUCGGGCUUUAUCAGAUCCACGUAUGUCGAUGGAAGAAUCCUGGCUUUUCGAACCUUUGGGGGGGAAGGGAAGAGUCGUUUGUUUGAUUUUUCCAAUCAGUGAGAUUUUUCCUUUCACCAUAGCAAAUACGGUACAAAAUAAAUCAGGUAAAGGAGGAGAUCAGGGGCUCUUAGAAAUUAAAUAUCCAAUUUUAGGGUAAGAGCUCUCCAGGUCGAUUAUUUUAUUUAAUAUUAAAGAGCAACAAAAUAAAAUCAAGAAUACCAAUCAGACUGAUCAAAGAUUUGACAGUAAAAACUUCAGAUAAAAAUAUCCUCACCUUAUCAGCAGCAAUCUGCAGCCUGUACAUUUUGAACUGAACGUUCUUAGUGUCUAUCGUGCACCCCAUAUCCUCGUAAAGCUUCAGCUGAGCUACAAAUCCCGCGUUUGGACUUACGAAUCGUCUCUUGGACUUGACCAACUCUAGGGCCACAUCGAAAUUCAUCUCAUACUUUUUCAUCAUGUACGAGAUGACGAGGGUGGAUGACCUUGAUACUCCGAAAUAACAAUGUACCAGGACCUUUCCACCAGAAGUCAGGGCUUGAUCGAUGAAAUUAUAAGAAUCAUCGAAGAAGGGGAGAAAAUCCUCCCGCGGCAUGUCCGUCAGCUGAAUAUACUUCACGGUCAAAUCUGGAAGCAGCUGGAUUCGUCUGGGUAGUGGGCAGGAAUCCACUGUCAAAAUGUGCGUGAUUUUUGUUUCUUUGAGCCAUUUGACGUCAGUCGCUGCUGUCAAAUUUCCUAAGUAUAAGUUGGGCUCAAUCUCAUCGGCACUUGAGGGACCUGCGUCGAAAUCUUCGCGGGUUAAUUCGGUACUUUCAUAUUUCGCCAUUUUUGAAGACUUUUGGAAUUUAAGUUUCUGGAAAAACGAGGGGACGAUGAGGUCUUUGAAAAUUGAUUAAGAAUAGCCUUGGGAUUUAAAUGUCCCUCAGAACAUUUAGGUAGAGGGUCACAGGGUCUGGAGUAAAUUGAUCUUCAAGGACGCUGAAGAUUUCUUAGACCUUCAGUUAAAAAUUUGGGAAUUCCUCUCAAUUGAUGCAACUGUUUUUCCGUUUUUAUUUCGGAAAAAAAAACGUUUAUGACCGGCAAUUGGAAAUCAUAACAGAGUUAAUGAACCAAAGAUUUUCCUCAGUAUUUUCUCACUUUUCAACUCCACUUAUUUUUCCUCUUGAUUUUUAUCACUUCGUCUGCCAUCAAAGACCUUUCUGAUCGAUUACUCACGGUUCCCACUAGGAUAUAAAUACUUGUAGGUCAGCGGCAGCCCUUCGUUACUUACACUACUCGAGGUUAUCACUCUUAAAACCCCCUUCAGUCCGCCAGUUCUUCGGCUUAAUGAGCGCUCAAAGAUUUAAUUAUUUGUGCUCCAAAACAAUGAUUAUCUCACUUUCACCAACACGUGCUCAUCAAUAACAUUUACGUCCACUGCUGGGGUCGGGGGUUCCCAGUCGACCUUAACCCAGAUUCAUCACCCACAAACACCCCCACCCCCGCUCCAUCAUAUACGAUCACUGCAAUCCCCAAAAAAUCCAGAAAAAAGAUUCUUUGCAACGAUCAAGGCAUAAGCAUAGGAACAACACAAUUGUUCUCCACUGUCACGAUUCCGGAAGCCUCCAAAAUAAUCAACAAAAUAUUCCACAUGGCCCUGGGACUCUUCUAUCAGCAGUUUCCGGAACUACCCUGAAAUUAUUGCCGGUAAAGAAAUUCCUGGCUAACGUGAAGGGAGUGGAUUAAAAGAAAUCUAUUCUCGUUCUGAAGCUGACCGACUGUUGAGUUUUACUGGCACUAGCGCCACCGCGGGUGGAACGUGAACAGAGAUUAAUUUUCUAUUGAGCUGUACCUAGUUUCGUUGGAAAUCGUUUGUAAAUCACGAAUAUAAAAGUUUCCUCGUUUGUACAUCCCCCAAGCAUUGAAUACAAUCAAAUAAAAAUUCUAACAACUCCCCGCUCCAAAUUCAAUUAUCUCCUCAAAACGGUACACAGCGCCCCGAGGAGGGCUUACCAACCUAGAGGAUUACGUCAAUGUUAAUACUGACCCCGAUGGGGAGAGGCGCCACCAUCGAUUUUGGCGAUUGGGUGAGCUGCCCGAAAAUUCGCCUGCUCAUUAACCAAGUACAUUAAUUAGUUUUUCUAUGUGCAGCCCCUCCCCCGGGCUAAGUACAUUGGGGUGUUUUGUUCAUAAAUAUCUUUCAGGUGCCCACUAAUCAACUAUCUCAACUUGCGAGCUUGAAUCCCGAAAAGCUAUGAUCACCAGAAAUUAAUAACUUAUAAGACAUUCAUGCAAUCUUACAUGAAAAUUCAAUGCUAUAAAAAACUAUCCGAAUAAAAAAAAUCAAAUUCAUGAAUACUCAAGAGUUUUAUUUUGUUCGUCUUCCAAUAUUAUAAUCUUUUACAAAAUAAUUACACAACGUUAUAAUUGAAAAAUAUAGCAAUUUCUAAAGACUAUUUAUCUACCAACAUAUUCGAAAGUUCAUUAAUGAUCAAAUAUACUGUGUACUAAUAUUGAUAUAGUUGCUUUGCAAACAUGUCUUUCCAUUGUCCUAAAUUCCUCCUCUCAACCCUCUGGAUAAAUCCUCAUAAUGAAAAACAGUAAUACAAAAUAUAGUGCAAUGAGUAAAUAGGCUAUACAUAAUAAGGAGGGAAUUCAUCUCUAUGUAACCACAUUUGUUUCAUCUCUCGUCUUAUAAAAAUCAUGCCUGAAGUUGGAGUUUUAAAUUGUUAAAGUACACUUAUUUAGGAGAUAAAAUAAUCUCUCUAUAACAUCGGUAAGGCUACAAAUUUCAUUAUUGUUAAUGUCUACGAUAGAAUAAUAUCUGUUUAUUAAAAGAUUUGUAUUUAUCUGUCUUAUGGCUGUCCACGUGAGACCAUUUCAGCUAGCCACAUCAUUUCAAUUACUUAAUAUAAAAAGUAUGAUAACAAGCUGCUCAACGUAUCACUAUUCGGUGCUGUUAAACUUAAUGAAAAUAUGUAGCAAUAAAUAAUAAUAAAAAAAAAGAAUGUUGUAUAUCUGUAGAUAAUUGACGUUAUGUCUAGGGCCAAUUCUAUAUCCUAUCAAUGAAAAUCAAACAAUUUGUGAAAAUUUUCGUCAUUAAUCUCAAUCUUCAUAAACAAAAUCCUAUUCUUAUAUCACAUACAUAUUGAGGAUAAUAUUUAAAAGGUUUUUGAAAAUAUGAGGUGAGAUAUGCUGCCCUUCUUUCAUUGCAAGGAAUGUGGAUUUAUCGAGUUAUUAAUAUGAUUAAUUAAUCUCUCUCUAAUUUUUAAAUUGUUGAUUCUUGAUAAUUUUAGAAUUCCUACCACAAUUAUUUCUUUCUUUUCUUUUACUUCAAUAUUAUUUUUAAUAGAUCUGCCGUUAUAUCAAAUAUAAAUAUUAUGUUUGAUUCAUAAUAAAUAUAUUUCAAUGAAAUACGUCGAGUAAAACUGACGACUGUACUUUGAUUAGUUCAUUUUAAUAAUCAUUUUCACUAAAAAAAUAUUCUGAAAUAAUAACUAAAAAAAAAUUGAAGCAA